UACCCACUAUGACACGUGCUGUGCGUAGGCCCAGACCCGUCACUGCUGCUGCACUUGAUCAAGACACUGAGCAGCACUGGACAUUUUUUUCUGGCAGAGCAUUGCAUGGGGUUAUGAGAUGGGCAUACCACCUUUUUGUGUUUUGGAGCAUCCAAAAUCGAAGACUUCAGAAUGAGACCUCAACCUAUUUCACAUUUUACAUAAAAAUGUCAAUGGAAUUUUUUUUCUUUAAAAGAGCGGUGCGGAAUAGACUGGAAGAUAAUACAUUUUUGCCAUUGUGGGAACUUGUAGAGUCCUGGACUCAAAAUGACUGGAUGGCAAUCUUUUUUAUAAUUUUCCUAGGAAUUAUUUUUGAGAUAAUACUCAUAAAGAUUUAUACAUCCUUUCAUAAGAAACCUGUACUUCCAGAAAAAGGUAGUUCAGGGGCCCAGGAGAAGGAAGACUGUUGCCUGAAAAGCAUGAAAUUUGAUAACUGGUCAAUUCGUUCAUCUUCACCUUCGGAAGAAAGAGUUGAUGAGUUUUCAGUAAGAACAAUUACUUCAUCACUUAAAACUGAAGACAAGGAAGGUAACUUUGAAGAUAGAGUUUCACCAACAGAUGAAGUAAUAUGGUCAGGUACUAGUGAAAGUAAAUAUCAAGUAAGUUACUCUAGUGAAAGUCGUAUGCCAUCUUCACAUGGGACUAGCUCAUCUUUGUCACUGUUUCAUUCAGAAGUAAAGGAAUUUUUUCUUAGCCAUAGAGGAUAUGAAAAUGAACAUGAAACAGCACAAUUUUCAUCAAGGACAUUAUUUGCAAUAUUGAAAACCAACAAAAAUAAAAAUCCAGCAUUUUCUUCUGACUUUAACUUUUCAAGACGCUCUAGCAUCUCUAGAGAAAGUGAAGGUCUAGAUAUGGCACCAUGUCCUCCUGCCCACUUAUUUCUUUCCAGAGACCAAGUCAGACUUCUGGAAGAAACUGUGAGAAAUCAAAUUCCUUUAAAACCCAAAACUAUAUUAGAGAGUAAAACUACUUCUCCAUACGCAAGACCUCAAGAGUCCUUGAUUCAAAAUCAACAUUCUUUUGGAAUGCAUAUUCCUACCCAAGCACAAGAUUCUUUUCCAGUACAAAAUGCUAUUCAGAAUCAAGGUUUUUAUGAAGCCAGAUUUACUAGUCAAGCCCAACAAUUUGUUAACAACCAAGAAUCAGUCAACAGCCAGCCUGAUAUCAUGGCCAGAUAUUUUGCUCUGCCUCAAGAUUUGAUUAGGAAGCCAUUUUCCAGCAGCACACAAGACUCCUUCCAGACCCAAGUUAUGGGCAGAAGCCAACAUUUGGUUAAUGUCCCACAUUCUGUUGAGACUCAACAUUCAAUCAAGGGCUUAGAGUCUGAUAAUAAACACUUACAUGAGACCCAAUAUUCUUCUGUUUGGUUUGAAGAUUCAAACCAGAUUAAACAUUUAACGCAGGGGCAAAAUGCUAUUUUUAAGAAUGCCAGAUUUCUAGUUUUAACUGUAAGUCCAAAUUCAUUUGCAGAAGGGAUGCUCCAAAUAAGGAGUGUAAAGCCAGAGGGCCAGAAACAAAUUGUUUCUUCAGAAUUAAACCAGUAUUCUGUAUAUAGCUCAGUGCCUCUUUCACUUACCUUUAAAAGGCAGAAAAACUGGAGAAAAGCAUUACACAGUAAAAGUAAACUUAGUCGCAAAGUUUCAUCUCAAAAGUCGAAGAAACCACCAACUCCAUGGGUAUUUCAAAUGACAGUAUGCCACACUUCAAAACCUGGCAAGUUAGGAUGCAAAUAUAAUGCUAAGAAGAAAGAAUUACAUCCAAGGAAAGGUGUAUCAGAUAUAGCUUUGCAUCUUCUUUACUUUUCAAAGCUUGUUCCUCCUUAUAUUAAGAGGUAUUCCAGAAAAAAACUAGUAGAAGUCAUGCCAGGUGUAACAGGACAUAGACAUUCUCUGCUGAAGCAAAACAAGUCACUAGAUGCAGAGAAUGUCAGUUGUGUGGGGUCUGUUGAGAAAAGAGGAACCUCAGGCAAUGCUAAAAAUGUAAAGCAGCAUGGCAGAGAAAAUGAAGGACAAAAAAACAUCUCAGCAAAACUUCCAUCCUGGCUAGAAGAGUCUUUCAUGGUCAAUACUUUUCCAUUAAAAGCACCUUGUUCUUUAUUAAUAGAAACAAACUGGAAGAAUAAACUGUCUCUUAAAGACCCAAUUACACAAGAAAAAGAAAUUGGUAUUGCAGAGUUCCAUGCCCCCAAUAGUAAAAAAACAUCUGACCUGCAUAUUCCAAAGCAUGAGGCACCUUUAGAAGAAGCUAUAUCAGAACCUUGGCAAAAAUUUGCUUCCUCUCCUGAAAUGGAAUCAAACAGAAGAAUGAAAACACAGGAAGACCUAAAAAGUACAGAGAAUUCCCAUCUUCCACUUUCAAAUGGAGAGGAGUUACCAACUAAUUCGCCAGAAACACAAAGGUGCUUUCCAAACAGAAAUAUACAAAAGGAAAGAGAUUUUCUGGAAAUUGUUCUGGAGACUUCAGAGGUCAAUUUGCUCAUUUCACUAGGAACUAAAGAGCAUAAAAGCAGUGAGCAAGUAGCAAGUGUAAAAACUCAAGAGAGUACAGAAGAUACAGUUAUGAAGGAAAAGAAACCAUUAAUCCUUCAUGUGACAGAAUGUGAUGACCCAAGUGAAAGUGAGAGACUGCAAUGUAACACGAGAAGCAACAUAAAUAUGCAAGAUAAAAGAAUAUUUGCAACGUUUCACAAUGCCACUGACACUACCAUUUCUGGGCCGCCUGUUAUGGAAAUGCAGAGCAGAUUAAAAGCCAAGACAGAUACAUCAACAACAGGGUUUAGUUAUUCAGUGGUAGAGCAAGAGAAAUUACCAGAUGAAAAGAAAGCAUCGGAUGCAAAAUACAUUGAGGAGAGAUGUAUUAAAAAGCCACAAGAACAUGACAGAGAGGAAGAGGAACCAACUUUACAAGAAGCAGUUCCACAGCUGAAACAAGAUUUCAGGGUCAGCCUGCAACUAAAGCAGAAGCCUAAAUAUGUCAGAUUUGAAAUUAAACAGAGCAGUUCAGGUAGUAGAAAAAACCCAAAUAAAGAGCAAGAGGUACAACCACAAACUCUUUCUACAGAAACAAUUGUGGGGACUGGUUCAUGCCCCACAAUGGAUCCAUUUCAAGUUCAGGUAAAGCAAAUCACGGACAGACCUACAGGCAGAGAGACUGCAGAUGCGAAGAAUCCUCUUACAGUGCUAGAGAACUCACCAGUGGGUGGUGUUUUAACUGAUACAACAGAACGUGAUGUCCCAUUUGGUGGAAGCCCCAGGAAGAUACCAGAUGAUCAUAUUGCGGAGGAAAAGGAAGACUUAAAACGAGUUUUCCCUGCAGCUGCCCUGGGGUUGUUCAUCAUCCGCACACUUCCUUUAUCAUGUUUCAAAAGGCAGAAAAUCAGAAGAAAAUGGUCAGGAGCAAAAACGGUACUCGGUCCCAAACUUGUCAUUAUGAAAGUAAAGAAGCCAGCAAAUUUACUGAUGCCUAAUAUCAGUAGGAAUGGUAUACCAAGUCUUAGGAGAAGAUUGAGAGGCAAUUUUAAGAUCAUAACUAAACAGAUACCCCAAGAUAAAAUUGUGUCUGAUGUGCUUGUGAAUGUUACUUACCCCCACAUGUCUACUGUGCCUCGUAUUAGAACGCACAGCAGACUCAAUGUGGAGAAUCCCGGCCAUACCAAGCCAAACCAAGAGGAAUCAGAGGAUAAAAGGGAAGAAAAGCAUUCCAAUUUUAUUAACAAAGGAAAUGACUCUGGAAACACACUAGAAGAAGCUAAAUUGCAAGAUGAAGUGAGAGGGGACGAAGCAGCUCGACCAGAAGCAGUCCUUCAUGGUCCCUGGCACCUCAGAUUGAAUGCAAAUCCCGAGAAGGAGUUCAAAACAGAGGAAGAAAUGCCUCAACCAGUUACAUCUGGAGAAAGUCUUGUGGAGUCUGUUGACAACCCAAUAAUGGAUCUAUUUCAUGUUGAGGAUAUGAAGAAAAGCCUAGCAACACAAGCAGACUUAAAACGCACUGCAGAUGCGGAGAUACCUCUUCCAACAUCAGGAAAAUCAGUGAUUGGAGACCCUUUAAACCAAACAAGAGAAAGUGAUGUUUUAGAUUAUGGAAAGGAUACAAAGGAAAUGGGUUACUUUUUUGCAGACACAAAGGCAGAACUACCAAAAGAUUUACCAGCAAUGUAUUCAGAGACUUUUAAUUGCCACAUGCCUGUUUUAACUCACUCAAAAGUGAAUAAAAACAGAGUACGAUUCUCACACACAGAAUGUCCAGUGAAGCCCAAGUCUGUACCAACGAAUACAGUGAAGCCGUCAGUUUCACAAGUAUUUAAUAGAACAGGUCAUAGAAAGAAAUUGGACUCCGAGGCGAAGGCCAAGUUGGAGAAGAUCAACCAAGCUAAUGGAUUGGUAUAUGACUUUAUAAGUAGCCUUUUUUCUCCUAUGCAUAGCAGAUUACAAGGAGAGACAAACAGCUUCUGUCACGCUCAGUUAAAGCAAGGGCAAUUAGCAGAGGAAGUGAGACCACGGUAUGUUGAUUUCUUUGAUAAGUGUAGUGCAUUCCAUGAGCAAGAAGAAAAAGUGAAAGACGGAGAGGAAAUGGAGCAGAAAACAUUGCUAGAGGCAGCUUCGCAGCAUACCCAGCAUCUCUGGCCCGAUGCAUGUCAAGGGAAGGAGACCCACCUUGACGAACAGUACACAGCACUGGGCUGUUUAACAAAGGAGCAAGAUGCUCAGCACCAAACAUGGUUUGCACAAACUGCCUUGCAGACUAGCCUCCAGAUGGCUCCUAGAGAAGGCGAGGAACUCGAGAAACCCAGCCAAACAGAACAUGCCAUAACAGCCCCUAUGGGUGCCGAGAGUCCACCUCCCAAAGCAGCACCAGCUCCAGAGAAUAGCCAAAGCUUCAUAUUCAAUGUGUAUCAGAAGGAGAAUUUUGACCUUGUCCAAUCAGAUGAGGAGCUGAAACAACCACGAAGUCGAAAUCUUCAGGUACAACCACAAAUGCAUGGUACACAAACUGUUUUAAGUUAUGCUUCAUGCCCCAUACUGGAUCAGCUUCAAUUUGGAGAGCUAGAGAGUUACGCUGGGUUUUCACCUCCUAAGUCAGAGGAAGUGAAGAAUGAUGAGAUCGUUUUUUCUGCAAGAGAACAUGGUGUCCCAUCUGACGCAAAUCACCAAAAGGAACAGGCUGGUGGUGUUGAAAAGAAAGACACAGUGACUUUUGAUUUCUGCCUACCUGCUUUAUCUACACCCCAGAGAAACUUCAAAUAUUCAGACAAGAAAACCUCAGUGAAUACCAAAUAUGGACUUUUAAAGGCAAAGAAACUGUCAGUUUCAAACAUAUUCAAUAUCAAGGGUGCUGUUAGCCCAAACCAUAGAAAAGAAUUGGGAUGUAACCCUACAACCAAAAUGAAAGAGGUGCAUCACGGAGAAAAAAUGGCAGCCAAAAUGUAUUCUUUCAUGACUAUUACCCCUGACAUUAAUACGUAUAACAAGAUAGAAAGAGAAAAAGAUAUGUUAGGGGAAAGAAGUCUCAGGGCUAAACAAGUAAAGCAAGCAACAUCACCACUGGAAGGGAAUAGUACUUCAGACGACACCAAAGAAAACAGUGUUCAAGAUGAGGAGGAAGAAACCGGUGACCAGGAGAUAUUAAAAGUAAUUUCACAGCACAGCACACAUUUCAAAUUCUGUUCAGGCCAGAGGGAGGAGCUUGACCUUCAUCAAUCAGAAAACCAAGGAAGUGGGAACAUUCUCUUUGUUAUAGAACAAGACAUCCCACAACAAAUGCAGCCUACAGAUUCCAUGCUGGGAGAGAAGCCAAAGAAAAGCCACCAUCCACAAAAUGGUGCAAUAUAUAUAGCAAGUUCAAAGCUUCCUCCUCUAAAGUCAAAGGACUCACUAAUUGGUCAAGUUUUAGUGGAUACAGUGAAGGUUGGUGUCCCAAGUGUUGGGAGCCAUAUGGGGGAACUGUACCAUCAUGGUAAAGAGGAAAAUGCAGAGUUAAAAAAAAAUCUAGAAGCAACUGUCCUGGAGAAAUCACCAUGUGAUAGGGAAGCAUGGAACCAGGCCAGCUCAACUGAUAUGCAAAACAGAUCAAGCAAGACAAUGAAAAUGAAUGUGCAACAUGAAAAGGAAGAGGAAAAUAUCCAAAGAAUGUUAUUGGAUUCAGUUCCACACUGUGGGCAACACCACCGCUUCAGCGCCGAUCAAAUGAAAAAUCCUGGUUCUUCCCAAUCAACAUCUGAACUGAAUCAUUCAGAAGUCAGAAGGACUUGGAAUUUGCCUUGGACAGCACAAAAGAUGAGACAAGAAGAAUGCUUUAGAGAAACCGUUUCGGAGCCUGUUUCUAGACACAUGAUGACUUUUCUUCAAGUUGAAACAGAGAAAAAAGGUCUUUCUACUCAAGAAGGAAUAAAAUGUAUGGAACGUGUAAAGACUCCAUUGCCAAAAGCAAGGAAAUCAGAGACCGCUUCAAUACAAUGUGGCACUCUAUGGGAUGGAAAUCCUAGGAGACAUUGGGAUAGUCCUAUCUCGGGGAAGAAGGCAUGGAAUCAAAAUGACUUAGUGAGAACAGUCUUAAAACCUUCAGAUUUUUCCAGCCUUGAUUCAUCUGUACCCAAAAGCCAGAGCUAUGCAUUGGAGUUUGUAAGCAAGAGAAGUAUAGUAAGUUCCAAGCAUGUAACUUUGAAGGCAAAGAAACGACCAAGUUCACAAUUGCUUAAUACCACAAGGUGUAUUACAGGAAGCCAUAGAAAGAAAAAGGGGUGCACAUUUCAGUACAAGAUGAAAGGGAGACAGUGGAUUGAAAGUGUUGUAGAGGCGUCACUCCCUGCUGCUGAGGGAACUGAGAUUCCACCAUCCAAGAUAGUGACUGAUAAACAAUCAUUCGAUACAAUAGCAAGGAGCACCAUAUAUAACAGAACACUUCACAAAAAUCUGCGUGGUCAUACUACAGAAGAAAAGGCAGAGUUAGGGGAAAACUCUGCCACAACUUUCUUGGGGCCUUUAGAUUUCUUCACACCUAUUUUAUCUGACCCUGAAAGCCAGAAAAACACAGUACAGUUAUCAGAAGAGAAAAUCACCUUGAAUAUCAACUGUUCAAUUAUGAAGAAAAAAGAGCUGGCAAUUUCACAAAUACCUAAGAUCAGAAGGCAGUUUACCACAAAAUACAGGAAUAAACCUGGAUCCAAUUUAAAAAUGAAAAUGAAACAGAUGAGGCAGGAUAAAAAUGUGGCUAAUACAUUUCCAAAUACCACUGACUUCACACCGGAUACCCCUGACCUUAGAAGGCAGAGCAGAUUGAAAACAGGGAUUGACAGAGGAUCACAGUUCUGUCACACACAGCCAACACAUAGAGAGCUGCCAACCGAAGGGCUAGUGAUUUCACAACCGCUUCAUGCUACCAGUCAUGCUGCUUUAAGCAAUAAUGAGCGACAGGAAAAGAAGAUAGGCACGAAGAGAGAGAAAACUGUAUUACGUGUGGACCUCAAAUCCGUAUAUGAUUCCAUGCCUAUUUUUUCACACAUAAAAAUGGAGUCAUCACCUAGUACCUGGGGUAUCUCUGAAGAGUCUUCUGAAAAGGGAAAUGCCCUAAACAAAGCAAAUGCUAGCUCUGCUUAUGCCUGCACACCGGUGUAUCUUCAAAUCGUAAAACAUAAAGCUAUGGCAAAAACAGCAGAUGUGAAAAACAGUAUGCAUACCAAACGGGUAAAAUUGAAAGCAAAGAAGCUACCUGUUUCCCAGCUGUGUCAUACUAUAGGAUGUAGGACCAGAAGAAACAAAAAGGAACAGACAUGUAACAUGAAGAAGCAGAAGAGGGAGUUCUGGCAAGAUAAAACUGCAACAGAUUUACUUCUGAGCACUAUUUGUGAUUCUGGAUCUGGUCCAUCUCAAAUUAAACAGUUUACAGAAGUAAAAAGGGAGAAAGACAGGCCAAGAAAGCCCCUUUACACUCCUCCCCAGCGAAAGCUAGAGAAAUCACUUAGCCAAAGAAAAAUGUCAUCUUCAGAGUCCACUGAUAUUAAGAAUACUAUAUCAAGAAAUAUCAAAACACUGAAACAAUGCAUUAGAGCACAAAAAGAAAAUCACCAAACUCUUUUACUAGACAUUCUCCCUCAAUGUAGAGAUCAGUUAGUGAUUGGCCAACAAGUGAAGAAGGAGCUUGACCCCGUGAAAAUAGGAGUAACGUUGGAAAGAGAAGUAUACCCUGGUCUAUCUUCCCAGAAGAGAAUCCCAGAUAUCGAUUACCCUAGGUUCGAUGCCCCAAGAGUUAAAAAACUUACAGGAUGUGAAUUCCUUGUUGCACAAAGAGUAAAGGAAGAAGACAUAGACAUGGUUGAACGUUCGGUUUCAUUUCCAUCGGGGAGACAAGUAUCAGAGAAAACCGAUGCUUCAUUAAGUUCAAAAGGACAGAAUAUAUUUCUUACAGAGUUGAAUGCUUCUCAACAGAAGACUUGCAAGGAGCAAGAAUUGCCAAAACAAGGAAGUGUUUCAGUGACAAAUCUGGGGUCUGUUGCCUACCCCAUUAUGGAACCUUCUUGUUUGGAAAACACAGGAAAGGUAGCUGAGGAAGAGAUGUACACUAGCAAAAAAAAUAUUUCACAUCUAUUGGGAAGAGAAGAUAUAGAAGAAACUGAUAUCUUCCAAGGCUCAAAAGGACAGAAGUUUCUUUACACCAAUCUGGUGGCCCAGCAAAAUAUAUCUGCAGUGCAGAAAGGAGAGAUGGAGCCAGAUGACAUUCCUGAAAGUACUGUGGAUUCUGUAUCUUGCCCAAAUAGGGAUAAUCAUUUCCAGAUAACACAGGUGGUAAAUACAAGGAAGGAAGAUGUAAGCAUUCCUAUAAAUUUAUAUGUAAAUCCAUGGAGAAAAGAUCAAUCACAGGUAACUGAUAGUCCAUUGAGAUUAAAUGAAAAGAAAAUGAUUUUUUCUGAAAAACUGAAGGCGAAGCAACUACAUAGGUCUAACCAGAAUAAAGAAAAUAUUCUGGAAUCCAUUUCUUCACGCAUAGUGCAUCGACUCCAUAAUAAUAAGCUAAAGAAAAAUGUCUCAGCGAAAGGAAGGAGUUCAAAAGUUUUGAGUUCAGUGGUAGAUGAAGCAUCAAAUAAAGCAGAUACUCCAGUAGACCAACCUCCAUGCUCAGAAGGAGUUGACUUGCACAACAGGAGAAGAAAAGAACCUCAAAAAGAAAGUACAUGCAAGGCUUUUCCAACAUCUGUUUCUUAUUCCUUGACAGAUGUCCUUCAGAUGAAAUUGCCGUGUGUAAAGGAAGUAUUAAAGGCUCCAAUGUACCACACUUCAAAUACAGAAGGAAUUGGCUUGCCUGUUGAGGGAAAAGAAGAAAAGCAACCAGAAUGUAUACACCAGAUUUCUCCAAAACCUGCUUCUCACUCUUUGAGGGACAUAUUUCAGAGCAAGAUGCCAUGUAAAGAGAAGGCAUCAAAAGAAGUAGUUAGCACCAUGGAUUACAUUCCAAGCACAGAAAAAAUUGGCUCGUUCAUUACAAGACAAGACAGCAAGGUGCGGAUAGGUAAAGGUAAACCAUGUAUGAAACUGACAAGCUUGUGUGCUUCCUUACCAUCUCUACCACAUACUGAUGUGAAUUCAAGAAUAAAAGUAGGGCAAGGUAAGUCUGGAAUACUAAAGAGCUGCCUUCUACCGCUAAAGUCCCAGGUAUCAUCAAGUGUCAGGAAAACACUAUUUGCAAAGUCAAAUAAUAGAGAUAGUUUAAGCCGUGUAAUAGAAUCAAAACAUUUGCCACAGGGAAAAAAGGAAGAUGGAGAAAAUAUAGUAUAUGUGAAAGACAUCAUGGGCCUCAAAUGUGUCACUUUUAAAGGAAAGAAAACACCUUUUAAAUAUAUACUGCAUGGAAAAGAGCCACAGUGGAAUAACAAAGAGCAAGAGGAAACGAUGCAGAAAGAUAAAAGUGAUGUAGACAUGGUUCAGAAUACACACCAUGCUUCCUUUCCUUCUUCACCGCACCUGGAAUGGAUGCCUGGAAUAAAGGAGGUCCUCAUGCGAGGAAUCGCAGGAUUUUGUCUUCCAUCACUGACACUCAAGGAAUUAUCUGAUGCAAUGGGAGUACGUGAGGAGCCAACUGAUGAUAUUUUAAGCAGUAUAAAAAAAGCAAAAUAUAUGCCACGGAGAGAUAGAGUAGAAAUGUCUUUGGAAGAAAUAAUGCAACCCAAAAGAAUAGCUUUGAAAGUGAAACAGUCUCCAAUCACACAGGAAUUACAGUUGAACAUCAAAGAGAAUGAGAAAAACAUGCAGGAACAUAAAGAUAAUCAAGUUGGGAUUCGGAACACAUCUUGUAUUUCCGUCUCUUUUCCAUCUUACUCAGAAGUGGACAUAAGAAUAACAGGGGAAGAAACCAGGCUAAUAAAAAGAAGGUCCUCUUUUCUACAACCAGAACUCCAGGAGUCAUCAGAUAUAGAAAAAAUAGCAUACAAAGAGUCUGUUUAUGGUGAUAUCUCAAGCAGCAUAAAUAAAGCCAAAGAACAUAUAAUGCAGGAAGAAGAGGAGAGAGUAAAAAAGGAAGAAGUCACACCUUUCAGGGAAAAGAAACCACCAAUUUCACAGGAAACCCAGCUGGAUAUUGAAGAGCAAGAGACAAAGGUACAAAAAAUUAAAGAUGAGCCAAAUGUCCUUGUGAGCAAUACCAGCCCUUGCAUAAUUGCUCCUUCUCAUUUAAAGUUGGGUACAAGAAUUAAAACAGCAGACUCUCUAACUGAAGUUGCAAGAUACUGUAUUCCAGAACUAUCACACCAGAAAUCAUCAGAUGCAGUGAAAAAAGCAAAUAAAGAGUCCAUUGAUGACCAUGCCGCAAGUGAUGUACAAGAAGCAAAAGACUAUGUGCCACAGAAAGAAGAGAGUGAUGUAGAGAUAUCAGCUGAGAGAGACGUGAUGCAUCCAAAAGAUAAAGAUUUAAAAAGAAAGCAAGCAUUUUCACAGGACAUACCACCGGAUCUUAAAGAGCAGGUGAACGUGGAUCCGGGAAGUGAAGAGCAGGGGAGAAUGGAGGGAGGAGGUAAAGGUGAACGGGAAGUGGUUCUGCCCACACACGGGGCUUCUGAAUCUUCUCUAAGUCACCAUGAAUUGGACACAAGAAUAGAAGGAGAGGAAGACAGCCAAGGAAUAACAAGACCUGCUGUUUCACAACUACUGUUACAGAAAUCAUUUGAGGCAGGGAAAACAGCAUAUACAAAGUCAACUGGGGAUGAUAUUUCAAAGGAUCUAAGAGUAGUGCAAGAGUAUGAGCCAGAGAAAGGAGAAGAUGGAAGAAAAAUAGUAAAUAUGAAAUAUCUAAUGUAUCCCAAAGGCACAACUUCCAAGGAAAAGGUAUUACCACUCCCACAUGUACUCUAUACCUCUGGGAGCUGUGGCUCCCAAAUUGUAGAAGUACAGACAAACAUGAAGGAAAAAUUAGGAAACCUACAGGAAAGAAGCAAACUAGAUAAGCUUCUGACAAGAACUUCUCUACUUCCAUUUAAGUUAAACAAAGGUAUAGGAGGCAAGGAAGAGAAAGAAGGAGUAACAAGACCCUCUCUUCCACCCUCAUGGCACAAGGAAUCAUCACAUGCUGAGGAAUUAAAAUAUACAGUACCACCUUUGAAUGGCAUCGCAAGCAGUUCAAAAAGAACAGAAUACAUGACACAGACAGAAGAGGAGAAAGCAAAUACUUUUGAGGAAGACAUAAUGCACCCCAGGUACAUAGCUUUGAAGGCAAAGAAAUCACCCCUUUUCCUUAUACUCAAAACAAAGAAACUGCAAGUCAACAUCAAAGAACAAGGGGAAGUGGGGCAAGAAGAUAACGAGGACACUGUUGUGCUUCUGAGCAAAAUUCAUCCUUUCAUCACUUCUUCAACUCAUCUUAAGUGGGACACAAUAAAAGAUGAGGAGGGUGAGCCAGGAAUAAUAAGAAAUGAUGUGCCACAUCUUGAGCUCCAAGAAUCAUUGCCUUCAGUGCGAAUGGCACCUACAGAGUCAUCUGAUAGCCAUGUGAUAAAAGAAGAACAACACCCACGACAGGAAGAAAGGAACAGAGUACAAACAGAAGCCACAGAUGGCUCAAUGUGGCCCAGUGGCACAGAUUGUAAGGCAAAGAUAUCACCACCUCCUCCUGUGUUCAGGGCUACUGAGCACAGUGCUUUGAACAACAGAAAGGAACCACAGUGGAGCAUGAUGGAGAAAGUAGAACAAGAGCAGCAAAGAACAGGUGACCCUGAUGUGGCUCAGACAAAAACUCCUCCUUCCACACCUUCCCUACCUCACCACAGAUGCUCUCCUUCACAAUUGCUGUGCCCUGAGUCAUCAGAUGCAGGAAAAACCAGACAUGCAGAUUCCAAUGAGGGCAUUGGCUCAUUCGAUGUAACAAUAAAAAUUAAUCAGCCUAUGCCAUAUACAAAGGUAAAGAACAGAGUAAACAUAAAAGAUGGGGAAGGUAGAAGAUUCCCAAAAAUAAUCACUUUGAGAGCAGAGAUAUCCUCACCUCUACAUCUAUCCAGUAGAAAGAGACUACCUUUGUAUAUUAAAGAGCAAGGGAAAGAAGUGCAAGAAGGCAAAAGUGAACCAGAAAUGGUUCUGAAGGAAGCCUGUGCCUCCUUGCCUUCUCCAUCUUGCCUGAAAUGGGACGGGCAAAUGAAUGAAAAGGAAGACACAUUAGAAAAAACACACUUUACUUUUCCACCAUCAAAGAUUCAGGAUCCAUCCAAUUCAGGCAAAGAAGCAUAUACUAAGUCAUUUUAUGGUGAGUUAAAAGAGAAGGAUAGACUCAAAAUAGAUAUUGAAGACAAAAUGGUCCCAAGAUGUAUGGCUCUGAAGGCAAAGGAAGUACCCCUUUCACAUAUACUAGAUACCAAAAAAUUGCAGUGGAAAAUGAAAGAGCAAGAGAGAAAGAUGCAGAAAAAGAAAAAUGACCUCGUUGAAAAUCUGGGAAACAUCUGUACUUCUUUACUGACUCUACCAUAUCUUAAAUUUGGCAAAACAGAAGGAGAGGGGUACAUGAUAAGAAUUAAAAAUGUGCCUCUCCCACAACUACAGUCCAAGGAAUCACUAGAUGCAGUGAAAACAGCAUAUGCAGAAACAACUGAUGGAGAACUUUCAAAUGAUGUAAAAGAAUUAAAAGAACACACGUUACAGAAAGAAGUGAGAGAUGGAGAGAAAAACGUGGAGAUGAAUAGUACAGUGGCUCCCAGUGAUAGGCAUUUAAAAGAAAAGAGAUCACCUAUUUUACUUAGAUACAAUCUAAGUGACCAUCCGUGGAAAACUAAAGACCAAGAGGGAAUGGUUCAGGAAGGUCAGCGUGAGCCAGGUGGUACAAUACCAACUAAGACUUGUACUUGUACUUGUAGAUCUUCCCCACUUCACCUUUACAAGAAUCCCAGAUGUGAGAAAAAGAGAAUGGCCAUAUUAACAAGAUCCUCUCUUUCCCCAGUCAACUUCCAGGAAUCAUCAGAUUCUGAAGAUGUGGAAAGUGUAGAGCCAACUGCUAGACAUAUUUUAAUCAGUCCACAAAAAGGAAAAGAUCAGAUGCCCCAGAACAAGGAGGGGGGUGGAGUAGAAACAGUAAACCUCAUGUUCCCCAAACAUCAAGAAAAGAAGAUACAAGGAAGUAAAGAUGAACCAGGUGUGGUUCUGGCCAACACUUCCUCUCCAUCUUCGUCUCUCCCUCUCCUCCAAUUGGAUAAAGAAAUACAAGUAGAUGAUGAAAUGUUAGUAGCUACAAGGUCUGUUGUGCAGAGAGUAUCAAAUGCCAGAGAAAUAGUACAUACAGAAGCAAUCGGUGGUGAUGUCUUGCAAGAUAGUCAAAAUGCGAAACAAUGUAUGCCUCAGGAAGAGGAGCAGGACGGAGAAAAAACAAAUAUGAAAAGUAUGGCGCAUAUCACAGAUAUAAUCUUGAAGUCAAAGAAAUCACCUCCUUCACAUAUGCUCCAUAGAACAGAAUUGCAUCUAAUCAUUGGAGGGCAAGAACCAAAGAAACAUGAAGGUCAAGGUAAACCACCCUGUACAGUGCUCAGAAAAAUUUACGUUUCCAAACAUUCAGCUAACCCUACAUUAGAUAAAGGUACACAAGUAAAUGAAAAAAUGCUUGGAACUAGAAGGCCCUCUCUACUUCCAUGCAUGCUUUCAGCAUUAUCAGGUGCAGGGGCAAUUGGUGAUGUAAGAGAAAGAAAACAACAUAUGUCACAGAAAGAAAAAAAGUAUGAAGUGAAAACAGUUGAUAUGAGGAUUAGGAUGCAUUGCAAAGAGGCCAGGAUUUCAUCAAUUUCCCAUAUCUUUAACACAAAGGAAUUUGUGUUGAAUAUUAAAGAACAAAAGGGAAAUAUGUGCAAAGGUGAAGAUGAGCUACCUAUAGUUCUGACAAGGACUUUUCUUUCCAUCCCAUCAGCACCUGCCCUUUAUCUAGACUCAGGGAACAAAAUAGACAAAGAUGUACCAGGAGCUACAGGAUCCUCUCCUCUCCAGCAAAAUCUCCAGGAAUCAUCAGAUACCCAGAAAACAGCAAUUACAGAGGGAGUUGCUGGUGAUAGUGAAAUCAUUGUGAAGAAAGUCAAACACUCUGUGCCACAAGAAGAGACAGUGCAACAGUGGACAUCCAACUUCAUGGUCAGUGUACAGCGAAGGAAUGAACCUCCACGAGUCAAAUCUGAAGGAGACUUGAGUCUAUUAGUUUUAAAUUCACAGCAUGAGGACAUUUAUUUAACAGGAUUUGGUACCAUAAGUGGGAAAAGGCUGGAAUAUUUCUCUACCGGGCAAGAGGCUCGACCAGAAAAAUACAAAACAGAAACUUUUACUACGUUUCUUUCGUACCCCACAAUGGAUCCAGCUAAGAUGGCCAACCUGAAGAAAGAAACUGAAAUAAUGGAUGAUUUAAACCAUAAAAGGAGUCCUAAGAGUUUAGUUUCACCACCAAGGAAAAUAUCCAAGGAAAUAUAUGUCACAUUUGGUACCCCUGUACGUGCAAAAGGAUUUUCUGUUUCAGAGCAAGAUGCCCCCCAACAAAAAACGUUAUCCAAGGCAUCUCCAGGAUCUGGAAAUUCAUACACAUCUGAUAAGCCAGAGAAAGAGGUACAAAAUCAUGAUAAAAUGAGCAAAAUGCCCUCUUCCAAAGCAUUAGCCCUACAGACAAAGGGAUCGCUUGAGAAAAUGAAUAUCACAGAGUCAGAUACUCUCCCAAUUAUAGAAGAACAAGAGAUUGUUGUGAAAAAGCAAGUGGUGUUACAGUCUGGAAGGGGACAUGAGACCUGCCUGGAUUCCAGCCUUUCUCUUAAACUCCCACUUAAAGAUGGAAGGCAGAAGACACAAUUGGAAACAGAUGUAUGCAAGCAAACUAUGGUGUACCCCAGAAUACAAAUACUAGCAGGAACACAUGUGGAUAUUACAGUGUUUGAUACCCUCGGAGGGAAAAAAGAGCAGGCAUUGCUGGUGCCAGAACAAAAGGAAUGCAUUCUAGAAUCAUGUCAGAAGCCUCUUCCCUCCCACUGGACUUUUCCAGCUCAAUCUGAAGAUCUGGAAGGAAAACAUAAAAUGGACACCAGUACUAUUAUAAAUCUGGAGCAAAAAACAUUAGAACUGGAAGAAGGCGAAUUAAAAAUAGACACAAACAUAGCUAUCUGUCUGGAAAAGGACAAAACAGAAAUGCACAAACACAUCAUUGUCAGUCUAGAGGAGAACUUAAAAAGGGACACAAAUAAUGUUGUAAAUGGGAACACUCCAUCUCCAAAGGCAGAGGAGUCUCAAAUUAACACUUAUAGUCUCAAAUUAACUCAUAUAGGAAACAGCUGCCCAAUCAAGCAAAAACAUAAAAAGGACCUAGAAGUCCCUGGUGCAAAACAAAAUAUUCAGCCACGAAAAAUGUUUCAAAAACAUAUUCUGGAUUCAUUUUAUGCCUACAUUCCUCUUUCUCUCAAGUUUGAAGGCUGGAAAGGCAGAUUAACAAUAGCAGAUUUGAAGAGAGAACUGAGCCCCAAAUAUUUAACUAUGAAAAUCCAAAAUCACCCAAUUUCACAGAUUCUUAAUAACACAGGACGUGGUAUUCCAAGCAAUAGAAAGAAAUUAGAGUAUGACUUCAGCGGACCAAAGAAAACAGUUUUGUGGCGUGAAGAUACUUCAGGAAUAUGUAUCAGAAGUCUUUCUAUUUCCACGGUGAAUUCAUCUCAGACUGAAGAAACAGCAGAAUCUGAGACAAACCUAGAAAGAGAAAAGUUACUCUGUCUUUCUGAAUUCCAACAGAAAUCACCAAGCACUAGUGACGUUAAGAGGAACAGCUCAAGCAUUGUAAAAGAAGGGUGUCCUCCCUUCCCCCCACUGUCAAAAUCAGAAACAAAUCUCAGCCAUGAAGCAAAGGAAAACAUUUUGACUCCACAAACAAAAGAAGAAAACGUUGUUCCAGGGCCUGAUAGCUCAAGGAUCAUAAAGGAACCCUACUUGCUUAUGACUGAGAAAGAAGAAAAGACACCAAAACCCAUUCUGACGCCCACAGAGUGUCCACUCAUGUCUGAUGAUCCAAAGGACAAGCAGGGGGAUCAGAGUGAACCUAUCCAGGACACAACGACACCAAAGGUCCAGCAACAAAAAACUUUUCCAGGAAGUGGGCCUGUACCAUCCCAAGUUAAAAGUAAUGAAAUACAAGUAGUGGCAGAAAGGACAAGUGCUGAAAGUUUACUUCCUCUUUAUGAAGCAGUUAAAAAUAUCUUGGAAUCCCAGAUAAAAAACAUGAUUCAGGACAAAAUUUGUGAGGAUAUACUGGAAAAAAUAAAAGCUCAUAAGCCUGAUGCUUGGAAGUCACCAUCUUUUGCAGGAAGUUCAGAUACAACAUCCACAACAAAACCUCCCAAAUUGCAGCCAAAACUCAUUUUGGAACGUCUUCUUCCCAAAGAAAACAAUAAGCUCACUAAUCAUUUAGGGUCAAAAGCAUUUGAAAUAAAACUGAAUCUGAUACCAGAGAUAGCAAAAAAAUCUUUCCACAAGUUCAACUUUUAUCUAAAACAGUCUAUUUCAGAACAUAACAGUUGGAGGCUAUACCCAAGACAUAAAAAAAUGUGCUUUUUGUCUCUAAAAGGGAUUGAUGCUACAGAACCUAAUUUAAAUCAGAAACACCCCAAGGAUUCACCUCCUGUCCGCUGUAUGAAGACACUGAUUGUCAAUGUUUCAAGUGACGGCAAAGAGAUCAUUGCAAACCGAAAGAGUAUUAGAAAGCUAGAAAGUGGAGCAUCUUCAGCGACUUCUGCUAAUGAGAUGCCAUUGACUCCUAUUCUUCCAAACUACUCAGCAGAAGAAAAAGACAAACUUUUUGUACACUUUUCUAUAAAAACAUUAGAGAUUCAAAUGACAGCCUUUCCCAGAAUUGUAAGAGAAUCCUACACAAUGGCCAAUGCUCAGAAUACAAAGAAACCUUUAUCUAAAUUUGUUAAUUCUGGUACCAAAGUACCAAAACGAAAAAACAAAAGUUUGUUACUUUUCGAGGAAAAAUCUCUUCAUCAAAUAGAUCUUGAUUUGCAAUACAAAUACCUUCAUUUUCUCCUGGGGCUUCCAGUCAAAAGUAUGUUCCCUAAACCAAAUGCACUUCCCAAACAUAUCCUGAAGUUAAACACAGUUGCAAUUUGUAAAAACAGAGAUUACAGGGGAGAAAGCGGUGGUGGUCUUUGCAUUGACACAGAACCGUUAGUACAGCACAUCUCUUCCAAAAAGCAAAGUCCCCAUGAAAACUCAUCAUUGAUGAAAAAACUCCUCAAGCCAACCCAUGUGUGCGCUUCUAAUGCUGAUCAACAGGGCACAGCUCAGAAAGAUAGUACAGUUCUUUCAGAGUUAAAGUCUCAUGUGACUCCAGAAAAAGAUAAACAAUGUCAUGGGUGGUUUCAAGAAACAAAUACAUAUAAAUAUUUUGAUCCAAAGACUCAGGAAAGUGCUCCCCAUUUAGUUGAUUCCCAUUCAAUUCCGAUUUCUGAAGAUUCUGCUGAGAGUCAGACAAAUAUUGAGAGUCUAGCCAACUUGGAGGCAUGCUCAGCUCUUGAAGUAUAUGGGAGCAAAGAAUGCAUGUUCUUAGAUGCAAACCCAUAUUUAAGUCAGGAAUCCCAAAACAUUCUGUUUGAAUUACAGAAAGGCAUUCCUUUGGAAAAUCUCUACAAGAUGAGAAAAAGCAAAACUAAUUUGAAACCAUUUUACAGGGAAUAUUCAGGUUCCCAUCAUGGUGUCAGAGGCUGUAGAAAACAUUCCUCAAUUGUGACACCUUCUUAUGAGUCCCACAAAAGCAGGAAAUACGGGUCAUCUGACACAACACCAUUUCCUGACUGGUUGUGCUAUGGUUCAUUAAAUACUGUAGACGUUCCAUCUAGCUCAUCUUCUGUUCCAUUCAGUGAAGGGAAGUCUUCAUGGUCUGCAGGGCACAGAACCACCUACUCUUUAGCUCCCUUAACGGAAUCAAAUAUCAAAUUACAUCUUGCAAAAAGCCAAGGCAAACCUUACAGUCAUCUUGAAAGCAAAGAAAGAAAGAAGGCGAAGUUGGAUUUAUUUAGAAAGAACAACCUUCAUUGGGACUGUGAUUACAGUUAUACACAGAAUAAAGAGAAAUGCACAAGAAAGAAAAAAGUAUGUAAUUAUGAGUCAGAAAGAUUGAAUCAUUACGCAAGCAAACCUAAGUUACCAUCAAAGCCUCAUCAAGAGGAUGUCUACUUCCAUUCUGAAAGCAAACAAAACCAGCCAUUUUUUUAUGCCUGUAUACCAGCAGAUUCGCUGGAGAUUAUGCCUCAAACCAUUCGCUGGACUAUUCCCCCAAGAACUUUAAAGAAGACAAACUUCAGAGUUCCUCUGGUGGCAAAGAUUUCAAGUUCGUGCAAUAUAUGGACUUCAUCCAAAAAGCUCUUGGGGUCUCUCUUGGAGUCCUUCAGUCCGGUUCAUCCAAAUGGAUAUAACCAUAUCUAGAUUCAUCUGAAGUGGAAAGCUGGUUGUUAUUGUGGUGUUCUGUGAAAAAUAAAAUCAGAUAAAGUCAAACGGU